CACCUGUCACCUGCUCCGGCCGAGCCUAGGGCGGGCCGGGGACCGGUAUAAAGCAGCAGGCGCCACCUCACACGCAGCUCCUUCCCGAGUGUGUUCCGCCCCCUCCCCACCCAGCUCACCACCACCAUGACGCCGCGCUUCCUGGCCCCUUGCUUCCUCCUGCUCCUUACAGCCCAGGACACCGCUGGCACCUCGUCCCUGACCAUCAGCCCUACCUCAAGCUCGGCCUCCGCCCCAGGACUCCCUGACACUUCGCCCCUGACCACCACUGACAGGUCGUCCCUGACCACCACUGACACCUUGUCCUCGACCACCACUGACUCCCCGUCCCCGACCACCACUGACACCUCAUCCCUGACCACCAAUGACACCUUGUCCUCGACCACCACUCACACCUUGUCCUUGACCACCACUGACACGUCAUCCCCGACCACCACUGACAUGUCCCUGACCACCAACGACACCACGUCCCUGACCACCAAUGACACCUUGUCCUCGACCACCACUGACUCCCCGUCCCUGACCACCACUGACACCUCAUCCCUGACCACCAACGACACCUUGUCCUCGGCCACCACUCACACCUUGUCCCCGACCACCACUGACACGUCAUCCCCGACCACCAAUGACACCACGUCCCUGACCACCAAUGACACCUUGUCCUCGACCACCACUGACUCCCCAUCCCUGACCACCACUGACACCUCAUCCCUGACCACCAAUGACACCUUGUCCUCGGCCACCACUGACACGUUGUCCCCGACCACCACUGACAUGUCCCUGACCACCAAUGACACCACGUCCCUGACCACCAAUGACACCUUGUCCUUGGCCACCACUGACACCUUGUCCCCGACCACCACUGACACAUUGUCCCCGACCACCACUGACAUGUCCCUGACCACCAAUGACACCACGUCCCUGACCACCAAUGACACCUUGUCCUCAACCACCGACUCCUCGCCCCUGACCACCACUGACACCUUGUCCCCGACCACCACUGACACCUUGUCCCCGACCACCACUGACACGUCGUCCCUGACCACCAAUGACACCACGUCCCCGACCACCAACGACACCUUGUCCCUGACCACCACUGACAUGUCGUCCCCGACCGCCAAUGACACCACGUCCCUGACCACCGCUGGCACCUCAUCCUUCACCAGCAGCCCCGCCAGCCACAGCGCCAGGACCACCACCAGCGCCACUAACCACAGUGUGGAGCCCGUCACCUCCUCCAAUCAUAAGACUUCUCCCCAGUUGUCCAUUAGGAUCUCCUUUUUCUUCCUGUCCUUUUCCAUUUCGAACCUUCAGUUUAACUCUUGUCUGGAAGAUCCCAACACCGACUACUACCAGGAGCUGCAGAGAAACAUUUCUGAGUGGUUUUUGCAGGUUUAUAAUCAGGAAGAUUUUCUGGGCCUCUCCAACAUCAAGUUCAGGCCAGGAUCUGUGGUGGUAGAAUGCACCCUGGCCUUCCGACAGGGCACCACCGAUGCCCUCAACGUGAGGACACAGCUUGACGAGCACAGAGCAGAAGCAGCCAGAUACAACAUGUCCAUCUCGAGUGUCCGUGUACGUGACGCGUCAUUUCCUUCCGCUGCUGGGUCCGGGUCUGGGGUACCCGGCUGGGGCAUCGCCCUGCUGGUGCUGGUGUGUGUCUUGCUGGCACUGGCCGUCGUCUAUCUCGUUGUCCUGACCGUGCGUCAGUGCCGCCGGAAGAACUGUGGGCAGCUGGACCUCUUUCCGCCCCGCGAUGCCUAUCACCCUAUGAGCGAGUACCCCACCUACCAUACCCACGGGCGCUACAUCCCCCCUGGGAGUACCAGACGCAGCCCCUAUGAGGAGGUCUCCGCGGGCAACGGCGGCGGCAGCCUCGCUUACACGAACCCGGCGGCCACCUCUGCUGACUUGUAGGGCGUGUUGCCUGCCCGCGUCCAGCCGGUGCCAGCUGCCUCCCCCGGGCUCCUUGCUGCCAGGCCUCUCCUCUCAGCUCCGUCCUGGGCUGGUGAGCUGGCAGUUCAGCUUGGGCCACUCACAGGCCCCAUCACGUCCCCUCACUGGCCUCGGCCCUGCCGAAACCCAUUGGAGCCCCUUGGGGACAAGCCUGGGACAGUGGCUCCCAGGAAAACAGGCCCAGAGAGCCCUGAGAGGGAAGUUAGCCCCAGAAUGUGGCUGAAUAAAACGUGGACCCCCUCUGUGCUGCCA